UGUAAAGCGUUCAAACUGCUGGUGUGAAAUCUCCAUUUGUUCAAAAGUCAGUAGAAUGUUGUGAUUAUAUGAUACAUUUCUACUGAUUUAAUUUUACCAACAAAACGUUCUAAUGUACUGUAAGUAAACUUUUAAUUAAAGAUAUUGUUGAAGUAAAUUGAAGGUAAAGAAUGGCUUAAAUGAAAAUGUUCACUUGUUCUUUUCUCAAGAAUCCUUACCGUUUCAAAAAAAAAAAAAAAAAAAAAGUGUCAAGAGUGCCAAUAGCUCUAGGCCACAGCAACCUAAAUGCCAUCUAACAACAAAAUGCUUUAGUUCUAUGUGUAAGAGAGUAAAAACUGCUCUGACGUGAACGCUCCUCCUUCUCUCUGUUCCCCAAUUCUCAGAGAAACACCAUGUUUGUCCACGGACAGUCAUGUUUAAUUAAGCUAUUUUGUUUGAAUAAGCUGUAGCUAAUGCAGUCAAUUACAAACGACAAACGAGUAUUUUGUGAAGGGACUGCUGUAUGUUGCCUAAAUCUUUUUAGAUUCUGUAUAUAGUGUACAUGAAGCUGCUGACAGUACAUCCGACAAAAUGAACAAAAGAGAUGACGCCCCCAAAGACCGCGGAUGCCUUGUAGCGAUCAUAUUCUUCAUCCUUGGCCUGGGAACACUGUUGCCAUGGAACUUCUUUAUGACGGCAUCUAUGUAUUUCAACAACAGACUCAAUACUUCUGAAUGGAGGAAUGGAACAAUAACAACUAGGAAGGAGUAUUAUUUCAAUAACUGGAUGACUCUGCUUUCCCAGCUGCCUUUGCUGCUGUUCACUUUGCUCAACUCUUUUCUCUAUCAGCGGAUCUCAGAGAGAAUGAGGAUAGCAGGCAGUUUAGUCUUCAUCCUCAUCCUUUUCAUCCUCACUGCUGUCCUGGUGAAGAUCCCAAUGGAGGAGGACAGGUUCUUCUCCAUCACCAUGGCAACUAUCUGGUUUAUCAAUUCAUUCGGGGCUGUGUUACAGGGAAGUCUGUUCGGUUUGGUGGGUUUAUUGCCGCAGAGGUACAGCGCCUUCUUUAUGAGCGGACAGGGACUCGCAGGGACAUUUGCUGCUCUUGCAAUGAUCUUUGCUAUAGCAAGUGAUUCUGACAGUGAAACGGCAGCUCUGGGUUAUUUCAUCACUCCGUGUGUUGGGACCCUUGUCACGCUCAUCAGUUACAUGCUGCUACCCAAACUGGAGUUUGCCAGAUUUUACCUGGACAGCAAAAGCAAGAGUUAUGAGCUUGAGACGUCCAGCCAGCUGCUGCCUACAGAUGCUGUGGAAGGUUGUGAGAAGACGAGCGAUCCGUCUAAUGGCCCAGUGGUUAACGGAAAUCCUAACAAAGGUGUUAACUGUGUGAGUGAAGAGGAGGGCUGCAAACAGGCCAUCCUCACGCUGCAGACAGAAAACGUGUCCACCCAGAAGAGCUCUGUCCUGCAGGUCUUUAAAAAGAUUUGGGUUAUGGCGUUUUGUGUGACGUUUGUAUUCACAGUAACACUGUCAGUUUUUCCGGCUGUUACCGUGGAUGUGAAAACUGUCUAUGGAGGAAACUGGGAACGGUACUUCAUUCCUGUUGCUUGUUUUCUCAUCUUUAACAUGAUGGACUUUUUUGGCAGAAUUUCCACAUUAAAAUUUAAGUGGCCCUCUAAAGAGAGUCGUUUGUUCCCAGCGCUGGUUGUGUCUCGUGUGGUCUUCGUGCCGCUACUCAUGAUGUGUAACGUGCAGGAGAGACGCUAUCUGCCUGCGCUUUUCUCAAACGACGGGAUAUUUGCCGCAAUCAUGCUGAUUUUCUCCUGGUCCAGCGGAUACUGUGUGUGUCUGUCCAUGACAUAUGCGCCACAGCUUGUGGGGCCUGCAGAUGGGGAGACGGCCGGCGCGUUAAUGACGUUUUUUCUGUCUCUGGGUUUGUCGUUGGGAGCAGCUUUUUCGUUCCCUCUACGCUUCCUGGUCUGACGCUCGCAACCACACUCUCAUUCCCCAAACCGACCGCUCUCAGGGCGUCUGCACUGAUGCUUGUGCAUCAAUCUGUUCACUCACAGUGGACAAAUUCAAAAUGGAAGCACCGACACGAGUUUUAUUUGGCAGCUUAAAAAAACACUUACAGAAUCUGUUUGCGGUACUAAAGGGAACGAACUGUAAAGGGACGGCUCAAAAAGAGUUUUCUGUGAUUCCUCCAUAACAAAAUUCAGCAUGCUCACCAGUUUUCUUCAGUGCCGGUAUCCGCUAGGGCUGGGUGAUAUAUCAAUAUUCAUGGAAAUUAAUUUUUUUUUUUGGUUUCUGUGAAUCAGUUCAGAAUGUCAGUUUUAUUUGAAUCAAUUGCAAGAUCUGAUUUUAGUGAUUUGUUAAAUUAAAAUAAAAUGUUAGUUAAAACAUAUCUGUACACAGGUAAAUAUUAUCUGAUGUAUUGUUAGAUUGGUUCAUAUAAAAUAAGUUCAUAUGCAGAAUUAUUAAAUAUUCUUCCUUGUUAAUUUUGUAAUUAAGAAUUUUGGAAAAAAGUGGAAAACAUAAUUAUUUAUAUUGUUAUAUAAAUAAUGAUCAGUAGCAUGCCCAAACUGACAAAAUUACAACGACCAUUUUUACAAUGACCAUUUUUAAUUUUUAGUUUUAGUUAUUGCCCAGCCCUAGUUACUAGUAUUAUUGUUACUACUGUUAAAGUAAUAUAGGAUGCUCUUCUGUUAAAAUCAGUCACUUAAUUUCUGUUGUAAGGGCAGCAGUUGUUGGUGGGAAAAUGGAUCAUACAACAAAAGAUUUACUUUCUUUUAAUUUAUUUUAAAUUUUUAUGUGGUUUAAGGGAAGAAAGUACAUUGAAGGAUUUCUAGUUUUGAAAGGGACACGCGUGCGUGCGCGCGCGCGCACACUCACACACACACACACACACACACACGCACACACAAACAUAUAUACAGUGGGGUCCAAAAGUCUGAGACCUGUUUUGUAAUCUAAUUUAAACUUUGUGUUGCAUAAAAUAUCUAUGACUCUGCACUUUUUCUAGGUCACUAAUGAAACAAGCAAAAAAGCUGAUGUGAAGCUGGAUUUUCUUCCAUUAAAGCACACAACAUGCUCUUUGCCCAAGUCAUAACAUGGAUCAUCAGAUUUUACAUAAGCUUACUGCAGUUAAACAACUUUUAAAGCUUUUUUUUUUUUUUUUUUUUUUUGCCCCAACUUUUCAUAUCGGUCUGAUAAUAGGAAAAAUAUUAACAUAAAAAUUUGCAAAAUAGUGCACUAUAGUAUCAAACUUAUGGACUCCACUGUGCGAUUGUGUUUGUACUGUAAUGCAUGUAACAUCAAUCCUGUAACCAGUUCAAACAUGCAUAUACAUCCAGGUAUUCAAAGAAAAAUUGUUUUCAAAACUAAAUUUUUUCUUUAUGGACCUGCAGAAGAGUCACGAGUAUAAAACCGACAAUAUUUCAGAUCAUUAUAAUAUGAUUAUUUAUUAUUUUAUUGACAACUAAUAGUCAGUAGAGAUUUAUAUGCUUUCUUAAUACAUCGUAAUACAAUAAUACCUGGAGAAUAUUUACUUUGCAAUUUAUAAGUUUAUGAUUUUCACUUUUUUUGGCUUUAGUUAAAUGACUAUAAAUGCCUUUCUUUUUUUUUUUUUAUUUGUUGUAUUUACAAAAUGAUCGGUAACACUUCAAAGUAAGGUCUCAUUUGUUAACUAACAUGAACUAAUAAUGGGAAAUAUAUUUUUACAGCAUUCACUAACCUUUGUUAAUGUUAGUUAAUAAAAAUGUUCGUUAGUUUGCAGUGCAUUAAUGUUAACAGAUACAAGUUUUGAUCUUUCAAAUGUAUUAGUAAACUUUAUUAAUAUAAAUAAGUGCUGUAGAAGUAUUGUUUGUUACUUUGAGUUAACUAAUAUAGUUAUUUCAUUUUAACAAAUUAAACCUUAAUGGAAAGUGUUACCAGUUGAUCAUUAUUUGGGGGUCAUUGUCAUCAAAAAAGUUUAAAACAUCUAGUAAAAUGUAAGGGAAUCUUCAUGUACAAAUUUCUAUACGUGAAACUGGCCAGUAAACUCUUGUAAUGUUUUAGUUCAUGUUUACACUUCAAUAACCUGGACCUAAAAGGCUAGAUGUCAUUCUCUCAUAUGUGAACCUGUGCUCAGCAACACUGCCACUGUCAUUUCUCUCUCAUGCAUAUAGAAUGUGAAGCUAUGUAAAAGAAAAAACAAUUGUGGAACUUUCUGUAUGUUAUGCUGGAUUGUACAAAGUGCCAAGUGAAUGCGAGAGUGUGUUUUUAUAGAACCAAUGUAUCUGUACAGACUAAAAUGUUACAAACACGAGGUUUUAAUUUGUUGCAAAUGCUGGUCAUUUUUUGGUGUAGGUAUGGUUUUGAUUGGUUGUACUUGUUAUAUGAUUUCACAUUUUUAUUCCUCAAAGAAGACAAGAUAUGUUAACAGUGUUCAAGCUACAGUUCAAGGUAGAAUCAAACAAUCGUAAUCUCAUUACCUCACUCUCGACAACUACAAUCAAACCACAUUUCAACAGCCAGAAAAAUGAAUGUAAACUUGGUCCUCUCUGUAUGUGACCAGUAUUUUGGGAAUGUGUUCUGGGACCUUUGUGGAAUUGAGACUUCAUGAAGAAAAAAGCCUUUUAAGAACAGAUAUAUUUGAUGAACGAUGAAAUAAAUGUCCAGUCAUGUUGAAUUUUGAAACUACUAUUUUUCAAGGUCAUUUCAUGUUUUUUUUUUUUUUACUAUUUGUCAUUAUUUGUUUUCAAAGAGUUGUUGUGAAAUUUGAUGAAUCUGAUAAAUACAGACAAAAAAUGAAA